ACUGAUUUAACACCCGAACCCGCGGAGGACAGCGAAGACAGUUGGUAGCGGCGUGGUCCCGACCAUGGAGGAGGGCGGCAGCGGUGGCAGCGACAGCAGCACCAGCGGGAGUGGUGGGGCGCAGCAAAGGGAGCUGGAGCGCAUGGCUGAGGUCCUGGUCACCGGGGAGCAGCUACGGCUCAGGCUGCAUGAAGAAAAGGUUAUUAAAGAUAGGCGACAUCAUCUCAAAACCUACCCAAACUGUUUUGUUGCAAAAGAACUGAUUGACUGGCUGAUUGAGCACAAAGAGGCUUCUGACAGAGAGACAGCAAUUAAACUCAUGCAGAAGUUAGCAGACCGGGGCAUUAUUCAUCAUGUGUGUGAUGAGCAUAAGGAAUUCAAGGACGUCAAACUCUUCUACCGCUUUAGAAAGGAUGACGGCACCUUUCCCUUGGACAACGAAGUGAAGGCCUUCAUGAGAGGACAGAGGCUGUAUGAGAAGCUGAUGAGCCCUGAAAACACACUCCUGCAGCCCAGGGAAGAGGAAGGGAUCAAGUAUGAGCGCACCUUCAUGGCAUCUGAAUUCCUGGAUUGGCUGGUUCAGGAAGGUGAGGCCACCACAAGGAAGGAGGCAGAGCAGCUUUGCCACCGGCUUAUGGAGCAUGGCAUCAUGCAGCACGUGUCCAACAAGCACCCAUUUGUGGACAGCAAUCUUCUCUACCAGUUCAGAAUGAACUUCCGUCGGAGGCGAAGACUGAUGGAGCUGCUCAAUGAAAAAUCCCCCUCCUCCCAGGAAACUCACGACAGUCCCUUCUGCCUGAGGAAGCAGAGCCAUGACAAUCGGAAAUCUACCAGCUUUAUGUCAGUCAGCCCCAGCAAGGAGAUCAAGAUCGUGUCUGCGGUGAGGAGGAGCAGCAUGAGUAGCUGUGGCAGCAGUGGCUACUUCAGCAGCAGCCCCACCCUCAGCAGCAGCCCCCCUGUGCUCUGCAACCCCAAGUCCGUGUUGAAGAGACCUGUUACAUCUGAGGAGCUCCUGACGCCGGGGGCUCCGUAUGCAAGGAAGACAUUCACGAUUGUUGGCGACGCUGUUGGCUGGGGCUUUGUGGUGCGAGGAAGUAAGCCAUGCCACAUCCAGGCUGUGGACCCCAGUGGCCCUGCAGCCGCGGCAGGAAUGAAGGUCUGUCAGUUCGUCGUCUCUGUAAAUGGGCUCAACGUGCUGCAUGUAGACUACCGGACCGUGAGCAAUCUGAUUCUGACGGGCCCACGGACAAUUGUCAUGGAAGUCAUGGAAGAGUUGGAGUGCUGAGCAGGUGGCCCUCCCAGCCCUUCGAGCGGCCUGUGGAUGAUGAAAGCCAGAACAACACAGAGCAAUGCAAUGACAAGACUUCCAUACAAAUGGAUGGCUUUGGACAUACCAAUCUUUUCUCCAAACAUACACAUCUUAAUUCGAGUUUCAUACACUGUUUGAGUGUGGAAGAACCGGGUGAUACAUCUUUAAAAAAAAAAAAAAAAGCUGAUGUCAGUGUAGAAAAAAUUUGUGAAACAGAAUUUUCUUACAUGGUAGAAUUGCCUUACUCAAUUUCUAUUUAUAGUUCUCAUCCAUUGUUUUUUAUCUUAGUUUGCAGAAAGUUGUUGAAUGCCAAAACAGCAACAUGCUGAAAUCCCCUUGUUAGGGGUCAAUAGAAUAGUUUUUACAGUUUUGCAUUGAAGUCCCACCAAAAUUAGCACGUAACUGUUUGUUACAGGGGCUAGAUUUCACUGAGCUUCAAAUUAAAGCAACAUCCAAUGGAAUAUUACUUGUUUAUUAGCAUUUUUAAGAAGGUUCUAAAGCAUUCAAGUGCUUAAAAGCCAUCAGAAAAUGACUUUUCUUAAUUCCUGCCUUUAGCAUCAACUUUUAACUUAACAUGUGUUUUCAAUUAUGGCAUUAGUUAAAACACAAAAACUUGGUGACGAUAUGGGUGGGUCAACAGGGAGAUACUGCUUAAAAUUGUUUACUCUGUUUUCUCUUUCUGAGCCUGAAUCAUUUUGUUCUAUCAAUCAGCUACUGCAGCUUUCUAGAAUUAAUCCUGAAUAUGGUGAAUGUCAAAACAGAGACGUUUGUAUAGACACAUAUAAUUCAAAAUCAAGCCUCUGGCAAGAUUUUACUUUGAGGUUGUCCCUUUUUAAGUAAAGUAUUCUAAAACUUGGCCCGUGUGUGAUAAAACUUGAAACUAAAUUAAUUGCCUCUUGGCCUGAAUUUUUUAUAGCUUUCUAGUGUAACAUAUUUUAAGGACAUGAUAUGCGGCUUAUUUGGCAGGAUUAUUUUUCACCAAAAGCACCCUCUUGUGUUGUAACUUUUCAGCUCACUUGUAUAUAUGCAUGUUUCUUUUUUUGGUCUAGAAAAGAAUACAUUUUGGGGCUUGGUGUAUAGAAGAAAUUCCUCAAAGUGCCAAAUUAGGGAAUCAGGGAAUGCUAAAUUGUUCUUAAUUUCAUAUAAUGCAUAAUAAACGACAAGGUUACUUUCUUAUCAUGUGUUAACAAAAUAAAAUAUGAAUGUUGUACCUCAGCCAUUUUUUUGUGAUAGGUUAUCAUAAGUAUUGGUACUGAUGGAAUGGAUAUAUUGUGCUAAAGAUGUUACAUAUAUAUAUGUUUCUGGUAAUCCAACUUUUCUGAUCUGUAGCUUUAGUCAGAGAAUAAGAUUUUGAAGUAAUAUAGAGUGUCUAAUAUUAAUACUGUCGAUCUAAAUUUGAGAAAUAUUAUUGUCUUUGUGUGUAUGUGCAUUUAUACUGUAUGCCAGGCUCUGUGCUAUGGCAUUUAACAUAUAUGAUCUCUUUUAAUCUUCAUCACAACCCUGCAAGGUAGGUAUCAUCACUCUCGUUUUUCAGAUGUAGAAACUAAAUCUGAGCAAGUUUAAAAACAGUCUAAGUUCACACGGGUUUAUUUAAUUGUUAAAUCCAUGUUACCACCCCACCCCCCAAUCCAGUCUUUCCCCAUUUAGGGACCUUCUGUUUAGGGCUUAUUCUGUACCUGGUGCUGUGCUAAAACUGUAUGUUGCUUAUCCUUAUUGACCUGUGAGGUCCAUAUUGUUAUUAUCCCCGUUUUACAACUGAGGAAACUGACUCCUAAAGAGGUUAGUCAUAUGCCCAAGGCCCCAUAACUAGUAAGUGGGAGGCCUUACCAUUUGGCUUUAAAAAAAUUUUAUAACGUCUUUAAAAGAUGAGCUUUAAAUGCUUUCUGUCCCCAGAUACUCAUUAAAUGACAAAAGAAGAAGGAACACCUUCUGAGGAAUGGCAUCUUCUUCUUGUCUGCUACUCGUACUUUUUACUCACGUCCUCAUGCCCAUUAUCUUGGACCCCAGCAUAAUAUCACUUCCCUUUAGCCAAUCUAAGCACCAGAGAAGCAUCUAUCUUUAUCUCCUCCACACAGCCUCCUGCCCUUGAAAUUUCUUUGGUUCAGAGAGUGCCAUUGAUGUCUUUGGUCAAAGAAAUAGGAAGGAAGGAAAAAGAGGAUUGAAGGAACUGUUUCCUCCUUUGGCUCCCAUCACCCUCAGUUUAAAGGCCAAAUGCCAGAGAAUUCUACUUAAGGCCAAGAGAGCUUUACCUUAGCUACCCCUCCAGCCCACCCCAACAUCCUCACGUUGUUAUUAAAGUGAAUGCUCCCACUAUCAUAGGGGCCCCGGUUAGCUCCCUCCAGCUUUUGCAUAUGCAGUUUGUCCUCCCUGGAAUAUUCUUCUUUCUCCAUCUUUGCUAGGGAAAAUCUGUCUUAUUAACUCCCCUUAGAUAUUAUCUCCUCUGAUGCCCUAGUUCUGGGAUUGAUGCCCCAUCUCUAAAGUCCCAUGAACCCUUAUGCACCAACCGCCUGUAAUUAUAGCCCUGAUGACAUUUACUUUGAAAUUGUCCCAUUACCUGUCUGUCUCCCUAAGUACACCCUAAGCAUCUGUAGAACAGGGACUGUGUCUUGUUACAAAGGGCAUUCCCUUUACCUAGCACAGUUCUACACGGUAGCGUGUCAGCUAUCCACUGCUGUCUAACAAACCACCCCAAGAUGUGGCUUAUGACACUAUUUGCUCAUGAUGCUGUGGGUUGGCAGUUUGGGCAGAGCUCUGCGGGGAUGGCGAGCCACUGCUUCACGUGGUGGGGGUUGGGUUCACACAGACAUUUCUGGUCAGUGGUCAGGUUGAUUGGGAGCUGGCUGAUCUUGGAUGGCUUCAUGCACAUGUCUCGUGGUUGGCUGUGGCUGUUGGUUGAGGUGCCUCAGUCCCACUCCAUGUGGCCUUUCCCCACGGCUAGCCCAGGCUUCCUUAUUUGGCCUCAUGAGACUGAAGAGGGUGAGAAAGGAACCUGCAAGAUCUUCUGUGGACUUGCUUGGAAGUCACACAGUGUUUCUUCCAUAGCAUUUUGUUGGCCAAAGGAAGUUACAAAGCUGGCUCAGAAUCAAGAGGUGGGGAAAUAGACUCUACCUUUUGAUGGGAGGAGCUGCAAGGAAUUUUUGGCUAUUUUUAAUCCACCAAGAGUAGGUACUCCCUAUUUAUCGAGUAAAGGACCAAGAAGUUACCUGUUUAUUGAAAGGCUUCAUCUAUCCAGAGGCAAAUUACUGCUCAAACACUGGGUAUUAAGUUGGGAAUAAAGCCCAAUGCCUCAUGAAAACGUCAAAGUCAGAAAAUCCUAAAAUGAUAGUGCUAUGUGGAGGCAUGGAGAGCACAGCUUGGUCUUCCUGUUUUGCUAGUGAGGAAACUAAUGUGUGGAAUGGUCAAGGGACAUACCCAACCUCAUGAGGCUUGUUGGGGCAAAAGCCUGGACCAUACACUAGUUUCCCCCCUUCCAAUCCAAAGUCCUUUAUAGUAUAGCCUUCUGUAGAAGAGCCUAAGCCAGUGAAAAUAGGCCUUUGGUUUUGGGAUACUCAUAAAAUGCAAGUAGUGCCAUGUACCUGUGAAGGUAAAAGUGAGUCGAUUUUAAUUGAUUCAGGCCUUGUGUGUUAAAUGAUAUCAUUAAAAAAUAAAUUUUUUGUGUGAUAUUUUGACAGCUGAAUUGCUUUAAAAUUUAGAAAUUCUAUUCCUAAGUGUAACACAAGAAUUAUUCUAAAUUAACGAUAAGCAAUAUUUCUAAGAGCUUUUAUUUUACAUGGAUGUGCAUGUCUGUGUGUAUCAGUGUAUUGUGUGUGAGGUUUCACUCAUUGAGAAUCCCUGAAAUGGAUUUUUUUGUUCUCAGAGAAAACACUUCUGACUUUUCAGAUGUUUGUGUAAUGUGUAUGUUUUCGUGAUGGAGAUGGAAAUCGUUUUUUGUUUCUUCAUUAGCAUAGUGAGUGCUAGCAGAGCAAAUUUGAAAGCCACGCUUUUUAAUUCUGCUGUCGAGAGAAAAAUGCAGUUGCCUUUGGAUUGGUCUUGUUGUCUGAUGCGUGAUUAUUAAUCUCUGUUAAAUAACUAUAUAAACUAAUAAGGGGACUAGUUCAGAAAUAGUGGGUGACAUGAAGAAGAUAUCCAUGUUUGAGUAGAUUAGAUGUGCGAUCAACUUCACACUACCUUAUAAAAGGUGAAUGUGUUGGAAUGGUAGCAAUUAAUUAUUUAAAAAUCAUUGCUUUCAGUUCAAAAUGGAGUCUCACAUUUCCAAAUACUCAUUCCUUUCAAAUGUGUUGUGAAAAUAAUCUGCUUUCAAGAUCUAUUUCAAAUUGAUGAUAUCAACUGUUCUCUCUUGUUGAGUAUUAACCUGUUUCAUUUUGAUUAUAAAUGAUUAGAGUAACUCUAGAACAUUUCAGUUUUUGCUAAUUGAUCAGAGUCUAGUGAUGUCAUUGAUCAUGGUUUUACUCAUUUAAGGCAGAAUUUCAGGUGUAAUAUGUAUUUCCUGAGUUCAAUACCAAAAGGAAAAUUCUGCAGGGUACCAAAAUUAAGUUCAUUAUCAAAGUUAGCAUAUGGUAUUGUCAAAUGCAUUAAUAUAUGUACUUAAUAUAUAUGCUAUUUUUAAAUUAUGUUGAAAUUUAUUUUCUCCCUUUCUUAAAAAUUGUAGCAUAAUACUUAAAAUUAUAAUAUGAAAAUAGUAUAGCAUGAAAUAAAUGUUAAAUUUUAAAAACAAUGACGUUAGGGUUUCAGCUUUUCCUGUCCUUUGGAACAAAUUAGCCAUUUUUUAUCCGAAGAAAGGGUUGCAUUAUAAAGCUGAUGUACUACUGACCUAUCAGAGAAAACACAUGGGACUCAUACCUAAUUCUCUAAUGUAGCCAAAAGUGCCAUUCGUAAAACUACUUAAUGAUGGAUGUUUUCUGAAGCUCUUUUCCCUGGAAAAAAAAAAAGUGCAUUAAAAACCUUUUUCUGUACUGUAUUUGAUUUGGAAUCAUUUUCUCCCUGCACAGCCCAAUAUUGAAGAGUGUUAUGGAAUAGUCUAUAUGGAAAAUGCUAUGUGGUUGUUUACUACUCUGAGAAGAUAUUAGUUCUUUUUUAUUUUCAACUAAUUAGGAAAUUAGUUACAUAAUUUGAUAUAUGUAGGGGGCAGGGCAAAGUAUGGGGGUAAGUGGUUAUUUGGACUACACUCAAUAGUCACCAAAAGAACUUUACAUUUUUCUCUCAUUUAUUCACUCACUAAUUCACUCAUUCAAGAAACCUUACCGAGGACACUGUAUACAGGCCCUAGGAAUACAAAGCUGAGUAGAUGUGGUCCUGGAUCCAGGUCAUCCUUUAAGAGUCACCUUUGGGCCUGUCUCCUAGAAGUCUUCUCUCCAUGGAAGGGGGGAAUAUAAAAUCAUGGUGUGGAAGCCAGUGGUUUAAUGUCAGAAGCCACCAUCCAACCCAAGAACUAGAAUACUGACAACAAAUUACAUUUAAUUGUGUACUGCAUCCCAAUCCUGUCCCUGCUUUCCCAUACUUGACGUAACCACAAUGGUGAAUGUUGAGUUUAUCAUUCUGUUGUUCUUUUUGUUCUUAAUAAUUGUGUACGUUUUUUAAAAUGAACUUUAUUAAAAAAGCAUCAGGUUUUACAUAA